GCCUCCUCCCCCGCCUGCCGCUCUCCCCGGGGCGGCGGGGAAGGGGAUGCUCGCCGCUCAUGGAGCCGCCGUCGGCGAGCCCGGGGCUGCUGAGCGCCCUGUCCCGGGCGGGGGGCAAUGAGAGCGGCGGGGAGGCGCCGGCGGCUGACCCCGCCGCCGGGGCGGAGGAGGCGGGCUGGUCGGGCGCGGCGCUGGCCUCGCAGGCGCUGCUGCUGGUGCUGAUCUUCGCCCUGUCGGCGCUGGGCAACGGGGCCGUGGUGCUGGUCAUCGCCCGGCACCGGCAGCUGCGCACCGUCACCAACGCCUUCGUGCUGUCGCUGUCGCUCUCCGAGCUGCUGGGCGCGCUGCUCUGCCUGCCCCUCGCCUUCCUGCGCCUGCUGAGCCGCCCGCGCGGCGCCUGGCUCUCCGGCCAGCGCCUGUGCCUGGCCAGCGCCGCCCUGCACGCCGGCCUGGGCAUCGCCGCCACCCUCACCAUGGCGCUGCUCUCCUUCGACCGCUACUGCGCCAUCGUGCGCCAGCCCCGCCGCAAGAUGGGCCGCCGCCGCGCCGCCCAGCUGCUGGCCGCCGUCUGGCUGGCGGCGCUCGGCUUCGCCGCGCCCUGGUACCUGCUGGCCCAGGCGGCGGGCGGGGGCCACGGGGCCGGCUCGGGCCGCUGCACCUACGUGCUGCUGCCCUGGGGCUCGUCGCGGCUGGGCCCGCCCUACAGCGCGGCGCUGAUCGUGCUCUGCUACCUGCUGCCCUUCGCCCUCAUGUGCUUCUGCCACUACAACAUCUGCCGCGCCGUGCGCCUCUCCGAGAGCCGGGUGCGGCCGCUCACCACCUACGGCCACCUGCUGCGCUGCUACGGGGAGAUGCGCACCGCCACCACCGUCCUCAUCAUGAUCGUCUCCAUCAUCUGCUGCUGGGGGCCCUACUGCGUCCUGGGGCUGGCGGCCGCCGCCGGCCACCUGCCCUUCUCGCCCACCGUGGACGCCGUGGCCAGCUGGAUGGCCUGGGCCAACGGCGCCAUCAACCCGCUCAUCUACGCCGCCCGCAACCCCAACAUCGCCAUGCUGCUGGGCCGCAGCCGCGAGGGCGGCUACCGGACUAGGAACAACGUGGCCGCCUACUUGGCCGCCCGGGGCCAGCGCCUGGAGGCCCGCGGCCGGGCCGAGCCAGGCCGGGAGCGCCAUGCCCAGCAGCGGCCCGGCGGCCACGCCGCCAGCGCCCUCUCCUCCUCCAGCCCGGCCAGCGGCGGCGAGGUGGCCAUGUGGGCCUGCAAGAACCCGGCCGUGCUCUUCUGCCGCGACGCGCAGCCCGACACCGCCUCCCAGGCUGCCCUGCCGCCCAAAUCCGACACCGCUGAUACCAGCCUCUGAAGCGGCCGCGGGGGCCCGCUGGGAAGAGCUGCCUGCCCGCGAGAUGCCGCGGGCUGCGGAACAGGUGCCCACGGGAAGGACUGGGAGACCCGUGGCUUGGGUCGUUUGAAACCAGGCUGAGCAAAGCGCCAGUUACUGGGGAGCAACGUGCAGUCACCCGGGGGCUGCACUGGAUGAGCUAGUGGGGCUGCUCCAGUGCCCCAGUGCUUAAUGCCAGCGUGGGAGACGAAGCACCCAGGGGGCAGGUGCGCUGGCUUUCCCCAUUUCAAAAGGGGAUCAAAGAUGCCAGGGAGAGCAGCUGAGAUGAGCCCAGCACAUAGCUGAGGAGAGAAAGGGUGGCAGUGAUCACCCUGCUGUGAGCUCAUCUCGGUUUAGCGAAAAAGUGCCAGUAGGAAGUUAACAGCACCACAAGCCGCCUGACCAUUGGAAACUGUUAAGUGCCCAAAAAAAAAAAAGAGGACUGAAAGCUGAGUAUUGCCAGCUCAAAGACACUCAAAACAUAUCACACUGUGAAAACUGCAGCUUUGAAGGAGACAGUUGCUUUAACGCAUUAUAUGUGGAAACACACCAAGUCUCAGACUAGGACAGACUGAAAAUCUGACAUCACCAAGAGCACCUUGAGGUUCCUUUUUCAAUCCCAAACAUAAGAAAAAUCCCAUUCAGAGCUCUGCAGAUUUAUAGAAAAUGUGCAAGGUUGGAGGGAGAAGAAUGAAACUUGAAGCCCCAUGAAAUUUGUGUUAGUUUCCUUUCAGUACAUAUAUUAUGUGAGAAGUAUUUCAAAUGUGGAACAGUCCCAGAAAUGGGAGCUCAGUACUGUAUUCUGAUCCAGACAAAAUUGAGAAGAUAAAAUAUGGGUUUGGAAUAGAUGUGGCAUCAUUCCAUUUGUAGACUUGUGAAUUUCCUCUUUGAGAUGGACAAAAAUGUCCAAUUUCAUCUAACAUCCUUUGAACAUAUUUAUAUGAGCCACUAGGGCAGGGAUGGACAAACUAUGGCCUGGGGGCCACAUCUGGUCCUGUAGACAUUUUAAUCCGGCCCUCGAGCUCCUGCCAGGGAGCAGGGUCCAGGUUUGGCCAGCAACGUGCAUGCUGUGGCUCUGUGUGGCUCCUGGAAGCAGCAGCAUGUCUCCCCUCCGUCUCCUAUGCAUAGGGACAGCCAGGAAGCAUCGCCCGCAAAGCUCCCAUUGGCCACAGUUGCCUGCGUAUGUGGCAGCGCACAGAGCCUCCUGUCUGCACCUCUGUGUAGGAGCAGGAGGAGGGACAUGCCGCUGCUUCCAGGAGCUGCUUGAGGUAAGCACCGCCAGGAGCUUGCACCCCUGACCCCCUCCUGCCUCCCAACCCCCUGCCCCAGCCCUGAUCACCAUCCGAACCCACGCUUCUGCACGCCAGAGCCCACACCACCAGCUGGAGCCCUCACCUCCCCACCUGCACCCCAACCCCCCACCCCAGAUCACCCUCCGAACCCCUCAGUCCCACACUCCUGCAUGCCAGAGCCCACACCGCCAGCCGGAGCCCUCACCUCCCCACCCGCACCCUAACUCCCUGCCCCAGCUAGAGCCCCCUCCCACAGCCUGAACGUCUCAUUUCUGGCCCCAUCCCAGAGCCCACACUCCAAUCCCCAAUUUCGUGAGCAUUCCUGGCCCGUCAUACAAUUUCCAUGUGGCCCUCGGGCCAGAAAGUUUGCCCACCCCUGCACUAGAGAGAGGUGGGUAUUCUGUUGAAGUAGAGAAAAAGUAAUGUGAUGAGUCUAGUUUGUAUUUCAGGGUGCACAUUAUCCAGCUCACUGCGUAACUCAGUUGACCUAUUAGAAUUUAAUGAUAUUUGGAAAUCAGCUUUGAUUGCCAGUACUGAUAUCAUAUAAAAACAAAAAGAGCACAAAUCAGUAUGUUGAAACCAACUCACAAGAAAUGCUGCUGCACAGCCAAUCAUCUUGGGAUUUAUGAAUUUAUUUUUCCUCAGUGGUUCAGGAUCUCAAGCCUUAAAUUAAUACUUUUAAUCGGAAAUGGGAUUCAGACCUUCUGUUACCUUCACUAAAUUUAAAUGUGAAGAAAUAGCCAGUAUUUUUCUUGUACAGUAUUUAAAUUAUAAUGUUU